GUAAUCUUUGAGGUGUAGGAUGAGGAAGCCUAUUUAACCUGAGUGCGUUUUUAAAACUUUGAUCAAAACCUUGUCUUGAAAGAUAUGAAGAGGAGACUUCUGCUCGUGUCCAACUCAACCCUGCACGGGGGAGGAUAUCUGGAACAUUGUCAACAGCAGAUCAAAGACUUUUUCGGAAAAGGUGUGACGAGGAUCUUAUUCAUCCCCUAUGCACUGUGUGAUAGAGAUGGCUACGCAAAGACUGCCAGGGACAAGUUCAACAGUCUGGGUUACGAGGUGGACAGCAUACACGAGGCCUCUGACCCAGUGGAAGCUGUAAGGAAUGCUCAGGGCAUAUUCAUAGGCGGUGGCAACACGUUCCGUCUGCUGAAAUGUCUCUACGACAACAGUGUGCUGUCUGAGAUCAACAAGAGAGUUCUGCAG